AUGUACGGGAGUGACCACAGUAAAAGUUUGCAUUAUGUAUACGGUAAGAAACCGCAGAUUCUACCUGCAACGAUAUACGCUAUCAAGACUGCAUUCCGAGGUCUUCACAGAAUGAAGUGCGAAUUUACUCAUUUUCACUCACUGAAAUAUUAAAGACCGUUACAGACC